ACCCUGCGUUGCCCCCAUCGUACAGUAGACUGUCCGUCCUUCAGUCUUCAGUCUUCACUUCUUCAGAGUUCUCCCUCGCGCGCGCAUGGCCAUGAGCCACCUGCUCGUCCUCGUCCUUGCUCUUCUCUCAGCGUCGGCUCUCCCAUCCUCCGCCGCCAGCGGGAGCACGCUGACGCGGUCCAGGGCCCUCACCGGGGAUCAGACGCUGGCCUCGCCCGGCGACGCCUUCCGGCUGGGCCUCUUCCCCGCCAGCGACCGCUCCAGGUGGUUUCUUGGCAUCUGGUUCACCGUCUCGCCGGACACCGUCCUCUGGGUCGCCAACCGUGACCGCGCGCUGACCAGCCCGUCCGGCGUGGUCGAGGUCAGCGACCAAGGCGCCCUCGUCCUCCGCGACGGCGCGAGCAGUAACGACACCGUCUGGUCGUCGUCCACGAACUCCACCGCCGCGGCGGUCGCCGCCGGCGCGGUCGCGGAGCUCCGCGACACGGGCAACCUGGUGCUCACGGACGCGGCCGGCGCCGUGCUGUGGCAGAGCUUCGAGCACCCGACCAACACGUUCCUCCCGGAGAUGCGGGUCGGGCGGAGCCUCCGGACCGGCGCCGAGUGGUCCCUCUCGUCGUGGCGCGGCGCCGACGACCCGUCCCCCGGCGACUUCCGCUACGUCAUGGACGCGCGCGGCGCGCCGGAGCUGCACGUCUGGAGCCGCGGCCGCAAGACGUACCGGACGGGGCCCUGGAACGGCGUGCGGUUCAGCGGCAUCCCCGAGAUGACCACCUUCGCGGACAUGUUCGAGUUCCGGUUCACGGCCACCGCCGACGAGGUCUCCUACAUGUUCCGCAACCGCGACGGCUCGCCGAUGUCGCGGGUGCUCCUCAACGAGUCCGGCGUGAUGCAGCGCAUGGUCUGGGACGGGGCCUCCGGGUCCUGGAGCAACUUCUGGUCGGGCCCGCGGGACCAGUGCGACAGCUACGGCAGGUGCGGCGCGUUCGGCGUCUGCAACGUCGCCGACGCCAUGGUCUGCGGCUGCAUCGCCGGGUUCGCGCCGAGGUCGGCGGCGGAGUGGUACAUGCGGAACACGUCCGGCGGGUGCGCCCGGAGGACGCCGCUCCAGUGCGGCGGCGGCGGCGGCGACGGGUUCUACGUCCUGCGCGGCGUGAAGCUGCCCGACACGCACAGCUCCGCCGUGGACGCCGGCGCCACGCUCCAGGAGUGCGCCCGGCGGUGCCUGGCGGACUGCAACUGCACGGCGUACUCGGCGGCGGACAUCCGCGGCGGCGGCGGCGGCGGCGGCAGCGGGUGCAUCCAGUGGUUCGGCGACCUGGUGGACACGCGGUUCGUCGACGACGGGCAGGAUCUCUACGUCAGGCUUGCAAAGUCCGAACUAGAGGCUCCCAAGAACACCCGGACGAAGCUCGCGGCUGUCAUCACCCUGGUGAUCGCCGGGUUCGUGUUGCUUCUUCUGUCCCUUGCCUUUCUGAUCUGGAGAAAGGCGCGGCGCAGCAACAAAGCUAGUACCAUGCUUGAUGAAGCAGCUGAGCUUAUGAGCGGCGAAUGCCCCACGUACCCUCUGGGGAUCAUUAGAACAGCCACCAACGGGUUCUGCAGAGAAAACAUUAUCGGCCGAGGCGGAUUCGGCGAAGUUUACAAGGGGCAGUUGCCGGACGGGCAACAGGUUGCUGUGAAGAAGCUGUCGGCGGAGAACACGGCGCAGGGCCUGAACGAGUUCAUGAACGAGGUGGUCCUGAUCGCCAAGCUGCAGCACCGGAACCUGGUCCGCCUCCUCGGCUGCUGCGUCCACUGCUCCGAGAGGAUGCUCGUCUACGAGUACAUGAGCAACAAGAGCUUGGACGCCUUCAUCUUUGACGAGAGGCGGCGCGCGUCGCUGGGCUGGAAGACGAGGCUGGGCAUCAUCCUGGGCGUCGCCAGGGGCGUCCUCUACCUCCACCGGGACUCGAGGCUCAACAUCAUCCACCGGGACCUCAAGGCGGCGAACGUGCUCCUCGACGCCGACAUGGCCGCCAAGAUCUCCGACUUCGGCAUCGCCAGGCUCUUCACCGCCAGCGCCGACCGCCAGGAGACCAUCACCAGGACGAUCAAAGGCACAUACGGGUACAUGGCGCCGGAGUACGCCAUGGACGGCACGGUGUCGUUCAUGCAGGACGUGUACAGCUUCGGCGUGCUCCUGCUGGAGAUCGUCGCCGGCAGGAAGAACAACCAGGGGAGCUUCAAUCUCAUCGCUCAUGCAUGGGAGAUCUGGGAAGGAGGCCGGAGCCAGGACCUGGUCGACCCGGCGAUCCGCGGCGGCUGCACGGCGGGCGAGCUGGGGCAGGCGGCGACGUGCGUCCAGGCCGCGCUGCUCUGCGUGCAGGAGUGCCCGAUCCAGCGGCCACCGAUGGCGGACGUCAUCCCCAUGCUGCUGCAGCAGAAGGCGCCGGCGCGGCCGCAGCGGCCCGUGGUGUGCACGCCGACGAGGACCCACCCGGCCGCCGCCGCCGCCCUCGCCGCGCAGGCAGAGCUCACCGGCGGCAACGAGCUGACCAUCACGAGCCUCGAAGGCCGAUAGCGGGGCACAGUAUAGCAUGGAUCGAUGCACGCAAGGGGGAGGGGUGGACUGCUUUUGAUGAUCAUGCAUUCCUCUUCGAUGAAACUAGAGAAUGAAGAUGUUUGUUCUGAAUUAUCACUACCGGUCUACCGCUAAUGUGUUCCCCUUUCUGAGCUGGUUCCAUUUGGAUAUCAAUCUGAAACUUGUUUAAUUGAAUACCUUUAGAUUUUGAAUUGAGUUUCUUAAGAAAGAAACCAAUAAAGCAGCUAACAAAGAUUUCUACACUCA